AUGGAAGACACCAAACAAGAAAAUGAACCUUUCAUCUCUCUUGAGGCAGAGACCCCUUCUGAAGAACAGAAAUCUCCACAGAAAGCAAGCUUCUUUGAGCUGUAUUGAUUGAUGAAUCUUCCUUACAAAUUUCUGUUUUUCAUUGGAUGAAUUUCAGCUUUUAUCGGAGGCUUUAACUAUCCGAUGACAAUGUAUGUAUGACAGAGAAUCUUCGCUAGACUAAUUGGAACUCCUGAGGAGAUACAUGAUGAAAUGAUAGAACACGAUUGGUACGUUCUUGGGAUUGCAGGAUUAUCCUUUGUCACAAAUUUCAUACAAUAUACUUGUUUUACAUUAGUUGGAAAGAAGAUACAAUACGAACUGAGGUGGAGGUACAUCAAAUCUAUCCUUAUUCAAGACAGUAGCUGGUACGACAAACAGAAUAUUGAAAGCCUCCCAACUAUUGUUCACAGAAAUUUGAAAGAUAUUGAGAUUGGAUGAGGAAGAGUUAUUGGAUUUGUGAUUUAUGCCAUAGGUUCUUUUAUCUGAGGAUGUGCUAUUACCCUGACCCUCGCUUUGUUCUUAUUCUUAACUUUGUUAGUCCUACUGACUUACAUGCUGGCCCUCUCCAUUUUUGUGGAGACUUCUCUUGAUAAAGUACAGUCCAUUAAUGAAGAAGCGUUUAUCAAUGGAGGUGUCCAAGCUGAAGAGACGAUAAAUGCCAUCAGAGUAGUCAAAGCUUUUAGACAGGAAAAGAUGUGUUCCUCCGAAUUUAGCUCUCAUCUUCAGAAAAAUAAAAAGGAGACAAUGGGAAUGGCCUGCCGCUAUGGAACUGCCUUUGCAUUUAUAGAAUCUAUUCCAUACAGUUUUCUUGGAUAUGCACUUCUUGUUGGAGGAUUCUUUGUAGCUGAAAAAGCUCAUAAUUCUUUCUCACACGACAACUAUACUGGAGGGGACAUAUUCUCAGCAUUUUGCUUCCUCAGCGGGAGCUAUUUCUUAGGUAAUUCCCUAAGAAACAUCUUCUUGAUGAGAAAAGGUCUUGAAGCAGCAUACCCUGUACUUGAGUUGAUAAAAAGAAUUCCAGAGAUCUCACUGGACAAUGCCGAAGCUAUUGAGAUUAGUGCCAUCUCUGAGGGCAUCAAGCUAGACAAUAUAGUAUUCAAGUAUCCUGAUUCAACAACAAAUGCGCUGGAUGGAGUUUCUAUAGAGAUAAAGAAAGGAAAAACUCUUGCCAUUGUAGGCCCUUCUGGAUCAGGAAAAUCUACUAUUGCUAAACUCUUGGAAAGAUUCUACGAUCCAGAUGAGGGUCAAAUCCUCAUCGAUGGUCGAGACUUAAAGACUAUUGAUUUGCGCCAGUACAGAAAUCUGAUUGGAUACGUUGGCCAAGAACCUUGCCUAUUUAAUGAAACUAUCAGGGAGAACUUGCUUAACUCAAAUCCUAACGCAACCAAUGAGGAUAUUGUAGUUGCACUCAAAACGGCUAAUGCUUGGGAAUUUGUGGAGAAACUUGACAAAGGCAUUGAUCAUCCAGUUGGAGCAGUUGGAAGUAAAUUAUCAGGUGGCCAGAAGCAAAGAAUUGCUAUUGCAAGAGCAUUAGUCAGAAACCCUCAAAUUUUGAUUUUUGAUGAAGCUACAAGUGCUCUCGAUAUUGAGAGUGAGAAGAAAGUUCAAACAGCUAUCGAUUCUAUUGGUGGAGACUCUAUCACAAAAGUUGUGAUUGCUCAUAGGCUCGCAACUGUGAAAAAUGCAGAGAAAAUCAUUGUAAUAGAUGGAGGAAACAUCGCAGAGCAAGGUGAUCAUGAUGAAUUGCUUGAACUCAAUAAAAUCUAUGCGAAGAUGACUAAAAUUCAGAAUAAAGCAGACAUUGCAAAAGAGUCAGUAUCUAUGAAGCAGAGUAAUCUAAGUGAUAUCACGAAAAUUGAAACUACAGAAGAAGAGACAACCAAUGUUGCAGAUCAAAAUUCUAAUUCUGAAGAAAUGAAGCUUCUAAUUUCAGAUGAUGAGUCAAAACACAUCCAGACAAAUGAGGAAGAAGUAGAAAACUUUAAUGGUUUCUUCUUUGUUUUAAAGGAAGUACUCACUUUUGCUUCUCCAAAGUGCUUCAUUAUAGCUAUCCUUAUUGGCUCGACUCUACUUGGUAGCGCAUUAGUGCUACUUCCAUACCCAGCAACAAAGCUAUUAAUGUCUAUUUUGAUUAAUUUUGACGAAGGGGCGCAAAUUAAGGAUGAUAUUACCAAAUAUGUACCAAUUAUCUUUGGAUUGCUAAUCUUUAGCUCUGUCAUCCAAUUUUUCUGUAGAGCAAUGCUUCAUGUUGUCAACAUUAAUUUGACUAUGAAUGUGAGGAAAUAUGUAUAUGAUAACAUCAUUCACCAGCCUCUAACAUUUUUCGAUAAACCAUUAAACAAUACAGGAAACCUUACCUCUGUUCUUGCUUCAAAUGUUAAGGAGCUUAAUGGAGUUGCAGUAGAAAUGUAUAUAUUUAUUUUCCAAUCUUUCACAGGAAUGCUCUUUGGUAUUGGCUUUGCCUUCUUUUUUGAACAGAACAUGGGAUUACUUUUCUCUAUCAUCACUCCAGUAACCUCCAUUUCAGUUGGAAUAACUUUUGCUCUACAGUCUAGCUCUCAAAGCAGCUCCAAAGAGGCUGUAAAUAGCCAAGAAAAGAUGAUAUCAGACUAUAUUUUGAACCACAUCACUGUAUCAUCUUUGGCGAAUGAAGAUAUUAUCCUCCAAAGAUACUUUUCUGAAGACGAGACUAAAGAAAUUAAAUACAAGGUCCAAUGUUCCCAUCUUUAUGAAGCAAUGGGCCCUGCUUUUGUCUAUGGAUUUGGUUUUUCAUUUGUUAUAUUUGCAGUUUUCAUGAUUAUACGCUUAGCUGCUCACAACAUUAUACAAGGCCACUCUGUAGAAGACCAGGUCAUGUGACUCAUCGGGUUUACUCUCACCUUCCUCUCUGUAGCAUUCUUAAUGAACAAUCCUCCUGAUUUUGGUAAGAGUCUUAAAGCUGUGAAAAGAAUUAUUCAGAUCAUGCAAUGUGCCAAGGAAGGAGAGGCCAACAGUCCUAUUGUUAAUGGAGAUUAUGAUCUAUCUACUGAGACAAUGUCUUGAGAUAUUGAAUUUCACAAUGUUUGGUUCAAAUACUCCAACUCAACUCAUGAAAACUGGGUUCUUGAAGGCUUUAGCUUAAGAAUCAACGAAGGUGAGAGUAUAGGUUUCAUCGGAGAAUCUGGAUGUGGAAAGAGCACAAUUAUAGCCCUUCUGUUGAGAUUUUAUGAGCCACAAGCUGGGUAUAUCACCAUUGGUGGAAGAAAAAUCACAGAUUUCACCAUCUCCUCGGUCAGGGCUUACUUUGGACUCGUACAGCAAGAGCCAGUCCUUUUUAAUACUACAAUUAUGGAAAAUAUCUGCUACGGCAAGCCUCAUGCUACUUUUGAGGAAAUAGAAAAUGCUGCUGCAAUAGCAAACUGUGAAGAAUUUAUCAGAAAGAAAGAAUUUGGAGGACAAUCGGAAGAUGACACAGCUUGUGACGAAAUCACUCAAGACAACAGAUAUGAUGGCUUGGACGAAGGAUACAAAACAGUCUGCGGGUCAGGAGGUAACAAACUCUCAGGAGGUCAAAAACAAAGAAUUGCAAUUGCUAGAGCUAUCAUCAGUCAACCUAAAUUCCUGAUUCUUGAUGAGGCUACCUCAGCUCUUGAUGAAAACUCUCAGAAAGAAGUACAAGAUGCUCUAGACAAGGUGACAAGAGAGUGAACUUCAAUAGUUAUUGCACAUCGUCUGAGUACACUUGCAAAAUGCGAUAGGAUAGUCACCAUCGAAAGUGGAGUUAUUGUUGACGACGUUCAAACUAGCAACAACUAAUUGCUUUAAUACUUAUACAAAAUAUGGUGAAAGUCUUUAUUU